AUGAUGAAUUUAAAACCACCUAAAACUUAGAUUGAUAGUGCAUCUGAUACUGGCAGUGUUAAUAAAAUUAGUGACAAACAAAAAAUAAAUACUCUAAAGAAGGCAGUGAUAGAUUUGAGAGAAGAAAAGACUUAGUUAUUGAAGCAAAUUACAGAUUUAACUCUUAAAAAUGCUUAACUAAUUAAAGAUAAAGAAAAUAUGGUAGAAUUGAAAUAAAUAAUUUAGGAAGAGAAGUUUUAAUAAAUGAUGAAAGACUAACGUUAGUCAAUUGGGGUAAUAUGAUGAACUACUUAAAUUUAGAAUUCAUCCAGUUAUAUGCAAUCUUCUAAAUUAGUAGAACCAAUUAAUAGCAAUUAAGAUUAAUCUAAAUAAGUAAGUAAGCUGAGAUAGUAAUUAUUUUGCAUAUUUAAAGAGAAUUAGACUAAACAAUAGAUAAUUAUGAAGCUAAAUUGUCUAUUUUAUAGACUGCUUACAAGGAGAUAGAGCGAGAUUUAAAAAACAAAGAAUUAUCCAAUUAAAAAUUAGUAAAGGAAGUGGAGGAGAAGAUUUAAUUAAAUAAUCAAUUCAAAAAGAGUAUUGAAGAAAUUGAAAGAGAUUUGUAUAAUAAAAUUAAAGAAUUAAAAGCUGAAAAAAUGGAAAUUCAAUUAAAAUUGAAGACUUUAGAUAAAGAAGUACAAUAGAAAGAUGAAGAGUUAAGAAUAUUACACAAAGGAUUAGAUGAAUCAAGAUUUACAGUAGCAUAGCUAUAAGGAGAACUUGAAGAAAGCAGAGGAAAGUUUAUAUAAUACAAGUUUAUAUUACACAAUUAAUUUUUGGAUAUAGAUUGCCUAUUUAUUUUAAGACAAAAUCUAUUUAAUGAUUAUGUCUUUGAGUUAGAAACUGCAGCAUAAAAGUUCUAAUAUAAGGCUAGUGAGAUUACAGAUUUGAAAAUUAAAGACGAAACAUCUUUCUACUUAUCUGUUAAGUCAAGAACCAGAGAUGAAGUUUUCAGCAUUAUGCCUAAUUAGGAUUUGAAGAAGAUUUGUAAAUCAAUAAAGUAAUUAUACAUAGAUAUUUAAUAUAGGAACUUUUUGUUAAAGGCUUAGCAAUAUUAGAUAAAUUAAUAGCAUACUCAACCUCAAAGUCCUAAGAAUAAUGGUUUCUUGGGUGGGCUUAUGUCCAUUUUUGGAAACACAGCAUCAAAAAAUGGAAGCAACACAAAUAGCGAUGCAAAACAAAAAUGA